AGGAGGUCCUCGAGGAGACCAUCCCACUCGAGGAGGGCGAUGCGGCGAGGAGCUCCUCGAGGCCUCCUCGAGUUAUCGAGUAUCCUCGAUAGGAAAUGGUGAUGGCGCGUGCAAUGCACGCGCCCAAUUUUAAAAAAAAAAAUAUUAUGAAAAAUUCGAAAAUUCGAAUUUAUAUACAUUUUUUGACUUCUUCUCCUCGGUCUCCGCACUUUGACCGACCGUUUGAUUUUUUUUUUUUUUUCCUUCUUCUCUUCUUUAAAACAACACAUCUUCUUCUUCUCUUCUCCACACCUCUUCUCCUUCUUCAUUCAUCCUUCUUCCUUCUUCUCUUCAAACCUGUUCUUCUCCUACAAUUUUCUCCGUCAUGGAUCCACACAACCCUUUCUACGAUCCAAAUUGGUGCCCUGAUCUCUCCUCCGAUUAUCAUCCCGAUAUGGGAGGAAUCAACUUGGAGGAGAGCCCGCCCGAGGAGGAACCGGUGAGUGCUCAGCAGAGUGUCUCCCCACCAAAAAAAGGCGGCCGGAGGAAGGAAAAGGCCACCAAAAUGAAGCACGACAAACCAAGAGUUUACCGUCAUACUUACCUUCCACAGCAUACGGAUCUCAUCGUCCAAAUUUGGGCGGAUGAGACCAACGACUCGAUCCGUGGGACGGAUCAGAAGGGAGAGGCAUAUUGGGGCCGGAUCCGCGAACGUGUGAACCCCAUCCUCGGCGUCGACCUCGGCAUCAAGCAACUUCAAGGCCACUGGUCCCGGGUGAGCGCGGAUGUGCGUCUCUGGGAAGCUGUUUGGGUGGAGACGCGCAACAAUUGGCCGUCCGGUCAUUCGGAUGAUAUGAUUCGUGAAAAGGCCCAAACCAUCUUCAAGGCUAGAAGCCCAACCAAUGCCUCCUUCAAUUUCUGGAACGCGUGGAGAGUUCUCCGGAACAAUCCCAAGUUCAAGUCGAUGUACCUCCUUGGAGACGUGCAUGCCUCCAAGAGGACAAAGACUACGGAAGAGGGCGGCUUCACCACCUCGGCGUCGGGCGAGGAGAUCUCUUCUGCUCGGCCCAUUGGCAACAAGGCGGCGAAGGCGGCGGAGAAAGGGAAAGGGAAGGCAGCAGCGUCGCAUACGAGCUCGGAUCCUCCACCAGAAAUUGUGGAGAGGUUGGAUAGGAACGACGCGCAGAUGAGGGCAUUCACCGCCCAGUACCAGCGGAGGAACGAUCUCCGGGAGAGGGAGCUCGAUAUGCAGCUCCUGAACACGGAUACGACGAACAUGACGGACGCACAACGUGCAUUGCACGCGUCCAUGGUCGCCGACGUGCUCAGGCGUCGUGGUCUAUCCUAGGCUUUUAAUUAUGUGAUUUUAAUGAUGUUUUAGGUUUUUUAAAUUUUUAUGUAUUUUUUUUUAUGUUUUAAAUAGGUUUUUUAAAUUUUAUGUUUAAUCCAGUAUUUAAAUAUGCAAUUUAAAUUAUGCAAUAAAAUUUAAAUGAAAAACAUAAAAUCAAAACUAAUA